GACAAGAUCUGUCAAUGGAAAAACAUCAACACAACGAAACGAAACAAAAACUAAAUACGACGUCACGAGAACUACUCGCAUCACCAUCUCCAAAUGGAAAGAAACCUUUUAAACGCCUACACGAAACGAAACCAUGGAUCUGUACUUUCAAUACGACGAAAAUCUGUCCAACAACGAAUUCUUCAAGAAGCUCCAAUCGGAGCAUAAGAUAAUUAUCGACACAGCGCCGCUGGAAAACUGGAUCGUUUUAAUACCACGGUCCAGCACCCUGCAACAUCAAACGGAAAAUUUGACCGAUCCGAAUUUCAUACUGUCGCACAUACUCAUCCCGAACGAAGAGCUGCCGAAGACGCAUUUCACCAACCUGCUCGGACAUGAUAUCCGCUUGGAGGGACAGAAAUUGGUGAACAAAUCGGGCCUGGAAUCGAUCGUACUGUUCGAGGAGGUGUUCUACACGAAAACGUUCAUGAAAUACAAAGUGUGGUGCAUUGAAUGUCCGCUGUACGGUGACCGAUUGCCCAUGACCACCGGCAUAUUUAUCGUUCGUGACCUUCGCGAUGCCAUUGAGUUGAUAUGGAACGAGACACAAUCGAAAACCGUUUUUCGGAAAAUCGACAACGCAUGCACAGCAUUCACGAACCAGCACAAAAAAGCGCAUGAAGGCUUAGAUAAGCUGCAGUCGUCAAUUCAAUUACUCUACGCCCAUUGCAUUCAAAUGUUAAUGCUCAACAAGCAGCUGAAGGAGAAAUGCCGUCAGGACCUGCAUUUCUAUAAAAUCUUAAAAAUUGCCCUGGAAACGUACGUGAUGAGCAAUUUGUACGAUUUUUUGUUCGAUGCGAUCUGUGUGAACACUUUGGAAGACGGUGAACUGUUCAACAAGAAGGUGCGCAACUUGACCCAGGUUCAUUUAUCGUAUUUUGGCAUCGAUCAGAAGUGCAGCGAUUUGGUGACUAGCGUUCGAGCGGAAUUGCUGAAAAUCGAGGAUUAUUCGACUGCCGUGGAGAAAAUGGCAUGUCUUCGUCGAGCACUGAACGGUACAUCGAGACAUUCGCCGAAAAAUCUCUGUGUGGACGAGCUGAUAUCGAUACUGGUGUUUGUCAUCAUCAAAUCCGGUCUGACCCAUUGGUUUGCCACCUUUACAUUCCUCAAAGAUUUCAUUCUGAACGAUCUCACUGGACUGUCGGACAAGGGAGCCGAUUCGUUUCUGAUAACAACACUGGAAGCAGCCAUAGUUUUCAUCAAAACAUUUAACGAAACGAAACGACCCGUCGAUGGACCCAUUCCGACGGUGGAACCACGCAGCAAAUUUACGUCGAAAUUCGAUUUCAUUGACAAUCUUCACAGUCACAUCCGUGCGGGUCACGAGCCAGAAGUUCUGCGACUUUUGACGUCGGAGAAAGACAUCGAAAUUGUCAAAGAAAAUCCCUCGUCGGCUUCCCUAUGUCAUCCGUUGUGUGAUUGCGAAAACUGUUCGGCCAUCAUUGAAGACAGACCCAAUGUAAACACUCCGAAUCGCAACGGCAUCACCCCAUUACAUGUCGCAUCGAUGAACGGUCUACCGAAAAUGGUGAACUUAUUGUUAGCCCUGGAAGCGGACUUAACCGCAACCGAUGAGAAUAACUGGACAGCAUUGCAUUACGCGGCCGCUAGAGGUCACCAGAACGUGUUGCUAUUGCUGUUACACGCUGGGGCUGAGAUCAAUUGCCAAACGAACGACAAAUACACACCGCUCCAUUUCGGCUGUUUGAAUGGUCAUCUGGGAUGCGUAAAGGCGCUCCUCUAUUACUCUGAUCACGUUAAGGUGAAAAUUGACAAGAAUUUGCCCAACAAAAUGGGCGACACGCCGUUGCAUCUGGCUUCGAAUUGGGGAUUCGUCGAGAUCAUCGAAACGCUGCUCGAGUACGGCGUAAAAAUCGAUCGCAUCAACCGUCUCGGACACACUGCAUCGGACUAUGCGCACAACAGUUUCGUCACCGAAUUGCUGCAGCACACAUUCGUGAUGGUCGACGACGAUGAUUCGACCAAUUCGUGGGCGAACGAAUCAAGUAGCCGGAAAGUGGAACUCUUUCGCGGAUACAUCGACGAAAAUGCACUGAAGGCCGACAUGGAACUGCACCGGAAGACGGACAAUGAUAAAAUCAUAGCCGCAAUUCGAAAUGGUGAUCUGAAGCUGGCCUAUUACUUCCUUGGACUGGAAUUCCACCAGGAAAAUGUUGCUCGUCGAUUGUGUCAUCCACUGUGCACAUGCGACGCAUGCUCGACAAGAGAUGCUACGAAGGAUAUCAACGAGAAUAGCUACCAAAGCAAUCCGUUGAUUGACAUCAACGGUUGCAAUGCGGAAGGUGUUACUCUAUUGCACGCUGCUGCACUCAUCGGAGACAUGAAUCUCGUACAGUACCUAUUGGGACAGGGGGCGUCUGUCGAUGCGAAGACGAUAAAGAACGAGACGGUUCUGCAUUUUGCCGUUCGCAGUAAAUCAUCGGCGGUAAUUGACUUGAUUUUGAGCAGAGUCGAUGGCGAGACGUUAUGCAGCGCCGAUGUUGAUUUGAAUGCAACAGUACGCUCGGUUGAUUGGAAAGAUCAACCGAACUCUACUGCCUCAGUGUGAAGUAUCCGUGACUGCUUAAAGUAGGUCAUGUGAAGGUAAGGAAUCCAGUAACCGUAUAACUGUUUGAACAACACAACGAGUCAAAAUUAUAAUUAUUCCAUAGAUUAAGGACUUAGAAGAUUAAAGUUUUCAAUUUUUUACACCAAAAA